UCAAAUUUGUCAAAUUUGCCUUAAAAACAUGCCGAUCUCUGUCCCUGUGGCAGCCUGGUACUUGAAUGGCAUUAUAUCAGCUUGUCAUGCACGUGGCACUUAUAUAAAGUAAAUCUACCACGAUUCUCGCUGCCUCGCUGGAUACUACACAGUCAGUGUCACAGAGCACCCCAACAAACCUCUGCGCGGUAGUAGUACUCAAUAGUAGUAUUAAAACAACUAGAAGAGGCAAGUCUUCAGGUCCAAGUCAACUAAAAGAACAAAGACAAGUCUGUGUUCACACAUCACACACCUGUUGUAGCACUGAAAUUGAAUUGAAAUAGCAAUAAACUUUCAGCCACCGCAGUCCAAGAAUUGCAAAACUUUUUGUAUAUCCUCAAGGUUCAGUUAAGAUUAAAAAGAUAGAUAGAAAGAGCAGAGGAAAGAGCCAGGAGGGAACAUGCUCCCUUAAAAAGAAACUAUAAUAUACUCAUCAGAUGGAAAGACAUGAGGGAUAACGACCGGCUCUGGAAAACUGUCUUGGACGUUUGUGCUACUGUACUACUGCAAGUUAUCCUAUUGCAAUUCGGUAGGCAUGAAUGUAGUAAAUAUGUUUAUUUUUUGUACUAGUAAAUAUGCUGUAAUCUGAUUAUCUGAACUCAGCACACAUUUUGCCCACAUAAGUUUCUGCUGCUCCAAAUUAGGUAGGAGUGUAGUAAAUAUGCUGUAUGAAACUAGGACUCACUAGGAGUAGACUGCAGAAAAGGACUGCUGCGCUUUUAUGGCCACAACGGCGAAGCUUCGGCCAUUUGAAACAGUCCACGUUUUCGGCCAUGGGGAUAUUUCUUCAUCUUGCCCACUCCCCCCUUCCUGUGCAGUGGAACUGUGGAACACUCGACAAAGAUCAGCGCCGUUUACUAGUUCACCUCAAUCUUGCAAACCCACAUGAGCUACAAUCUUUAGAGAGAAGCUAGAGAUUCACAAAGGAGUCUCAGACCCAUGGCGGAUUCCGGGGAGCAGAACGGCAAUGGCCAUGCCCCUGCAGCUGCCGGCAACACUCCCGUCGAGCCGCAGCAGCAGCAGCCAGCCGGCGCCGACGAGGCCGAGCUCGUGUGGAAGCUGAGGAAGUACCUGGUGCUGAUGGCCAUCCUCGUGGCGGCCAUCACGUUCCAGGCGGGGCUGGCCCCGCCGGGCGGCGUCUGGCAGGAGAGCAAGAAGGGCCGCGUCGCCAGCGACAUCGUGAUGAGGUCCAGCUACCCCAGGCGGUACCACGUCUUCUUCUACUGCAACACGACGGCGUUCGGGGCCUCGCUCAUGGUGCUCAUACUGCUGCUGGUGAGGAAGGUGAGCCGGAAUCCGGUCUGGCUCCGCGCGCUUCAGUUCGCCAUGAUCCUGGGCUUGCUGGGGCUCAUGGGGGCCUACGCCGCUGGGAGCUGCAGGGAGGUGAGGACCUCUGUUUACAUCUGGGUGUUACUCCUUGGCAUCUUCGCCUAUGUCACACUCCAUGUGGUGUUCUUCAAGCACCUGGCACCUGAGCGGCUGCGAAAAUUUCUAUCCGGUGUCAAGAAACGUUGGAAGGGAACUCUGGGGCACAUUUUCACGUCAUCAAAACCAGAUGAGAAAAAGGCUUCAAAUGCAGAGAGGGUAGCCGAUGAGGGGGUGAAUUCAAUCAAGAUAGAAGAACCUGAAAGAAAUGGCAGCUCCGAGCAGGUUCUUGCAGCAGCAGCAGCAGAAGAAGAAGAAGAGAAGAAGAAAAAGGAGAAAGAGGCUGCAGACAAGAAGAGAGAGGAAGAAGUGGAACAUCUUGAAAGAAAUCGCAGCUCCUUGCUGGUUCUUGCCACACUGGCAGCAACCGUGACUUAUGUCGCAGGGCUAAGUCCUCCAGGUGGCUUCUUGUCUGAUGAUAACAAUAACCACAUUCCUGGUGACCCUGUGCUGCGAGAUCACUACCCACGCCGAUUCAAGGCCUUCUUCUAUUGCAAUGCCACUGCUUUUGCUGGAUCACUCGUCAUCAUCAUCAUGCUCCUCAGUCAAACAGCGUUGGAUCAUGUUGUCAAGUCAAAUGCUCUGCGGAUGUGUGUGCUAGUUAGCCUCUUUGGGCUUAUGGGGGCAUAUGCUGCCGGAAGUUGCAGGGAGGUCCAUACAUCUAUCUAUGUCUUUGCACUUGUUGGCGCAGUCUUUCUCUACAUCAUCAUUAAGUUUAUUGGACCUGCUGUCCCCAAGCCAGGGUGUGUAGGAAACACCAUCACAUGUCUGGAAGAGAAGUGGGAUAAACUGCUUAAGAAGCUGAAAGAUUUCUUCAUGACCCCGCCGGAACCUGACGAACAGACUCAAUCAAAAAAUGGCGACAUUCCAAACCCUGAUGGUGCUGAUAAGGAUAAGGAUGGUCUACAGAAGUUGCGCACAUACCUUCUAUUGCUUGGCAUCCUUGCUGCCACAGUCACCUACCAAGCUGGGCUGAAUCCACCAGGAGGCUUUUGGACAGAUAGUAGUGAUGAGCAUACUGCUGGUGAUCCAAUUUUGGAGGUCAUCAGUCCCAAGCGCUACAAGGCAUUCUUCUAUUGCAACGCCACAGCAUUCGUAGCCUCUUUGGUCAUCAUCAUCCUGCUCCAGAGUCAGCAGAUUACCCUUCAUGCCAUGAAGCGUAAUGUACUGCAAACAGCGAUGGCAGUGGUUCUCUUUGGUCUCAUGGGAGCCUAUGUUGCUGGAAGCAGCAGGAAGUUCUCAACAUCCAUUUAUGUGUUCAUCCUAGUCCUCCUGGUUUUUGCCUAUGUGGCACUUCACACUAUAUAUGUACCUCGCAUUCUCAAGGCACCAGUGGAGAAGAUAAUACAGGAUAUAGAGGCAUCCAUGCGAGAAUGCUCCCAAACUCUUGGUUCUUCUGAACUUGCUACCGAAGAAAAAGAUUUGCAGAAGAGGCGCAAGUUUCUGAUGUUGCUCGCAAUUCUAGCAGCUUCUAUCACAUACCAAACUGGCAUAAGCCCACCAGGUGGCUUUUGGACUGACAACAACGGCCACCAAGCAGGUAACUCAGUGUUUCGUGACGAGUUCCGAAACCGUUAUAGGGUGUUCUUCUACUUCAAUGCCACUGCUUUCAUGGCGUCCCUGGCUGUUAUUAUGUUGCUUGUUAGCAAGAGGCUAUGCGACAGAGGUCUGAAGUGCUAUGCCCUGCGUGCAUGUGUACUGGUUGAUCUGAUCAGCCUCAUGGGUGCUUUUGCCGCCGGAAGCUGCAGAAAAGUGUCAACAUCUGCCUAUGUCAUUCUUGUCAUUGUUGCUGUGUUUGUUUAUGUCAUGAUUCAAGUCAUGGUUCUAGUAUAUGCAAAAGACAAGGUGAAUAAACUGAUGGUGCGGAUGUUCAAAGGACAAAUGGCCAGCUAUAGAAUUUUAGAGCACCAAGAUACAUCUAAGGAUCGCAAGAGAAGCACACGGGAGCACAAAUGGCGCAAAGAUUUAAUGAUGAUUGGGACUCUUGCAAUCACUGUCACAUACCAAGCCGGUCUGCUCCCGCCAGGAGGAGUUUGGCCUGAUGACCGGGAUGGCCAUUUUGCAGGUGACCCAAUCCUCCAUGAUACCAACUUAACACGGUACAAGGUAUUCUUCUACUGCAACGCCACAGCAUUCAUGGCCUCAAUGGUCAUGGUCAGCCUCCUACUGAACAACACAAUAAGCAAGUACAAGAGAUCUCUUCUUGUUAUGAAGACGGCAAUGGUAUUGGGAUUGCUUGGUUUACUUGGGGCAUAUGCUGCGGGCAGCUGCAGGAAGUUUAAGACAUCUGCGUACAUUUUUGCACUCAUCAUUGCCGUGAUCAUCUACAUCGUCAUUCAUGUCUUAUUGUCAUUUGACGAAGUGGCAAGGUUAGUGAAGGAGAAGUGGGAAAAGUGGGUGGGAUGUCUGAAAAAUUGCUUUGGUUGCAACUGAUUCAAGCAAUCAACCAUCUGAUGGAGAACCAGGACAAAGUCCUCUGCCUGUGUAAGAGUAGUCUCAGUUGUGGCAUUUGUUCAGUCUAUCAUGAGAUAGACACAACCUCCAAAGUUGUAAUUUGUGUUUUAUUCUUGCUCAAGGCCAUCAUGUAGUAUUAUUUGGUGCAUUCUUUGAAUGUGAGCAAAAGAUAAUACAGAUGACGACUGUGAGGUGUGGA